CUGCAGUCAGUCAAGGCCUCCCAAUACUCCUUAGAGAUCUAAUGAAAGUCCUGAAAUCAUUGGGAGGUAGGUCAACCUGUGACAAUAGACAGUCAAAGAUACAUCACUUCUUCGACAGAGACGCGACACUGCCUUCAAAAUGCCCUACUCCGCCCUUCCUGCCUGGCCGCUGAUUCUCUUUGGCGUCCUCGAGCCUGUUGCGCUAGUCUGGGGCUACGUGACGGCCUUGCGAACCCCGGAACAGUACUACGCUGAUCAGACGCCCAAUGCUGAGCUGGCCAAGCUUGUUUUCACACCUCAAGCACUCUCCUUGACAUUGCAGCUGGGCAACGUUCUCCUAUUGCUAGCGGCAGUGGCCAUCAUCUGCUGUUGGACCACGCAUGCCGAGGUCGCCCGAAGAUAUUUGAUUGCUGUUGCGCUUGCGGAUCUGGGUCAUAUCUACGCUGCGUACCGUGGACUCGGGGACACCGUCUUUUGGGACGUGACACAGUGGAAUGAGAUGGCGUAUGGAAAUAUUGGAGCAAGUGCGUUUCUGCAUAUAAACAGGUGGAUGACAGUGGCGGGACUCUUUGGGAGACUCGGUGUGCAUGGUGAUAAGAGCAAGAAGAACAGAUAAGGGACAAGCCCUUGCACCGAAGCAAGUUCCGCAUAAUUUUUGGGUAUUUGGCCUUCCUACUUGAGCCUCCGCGGGCGGAAAAGCUGGCUUGUACAGACUCUUGUGCUCGUAGCGGCUACGGGCCAUCAUUGUGCAGCGUGCACAUAUCACAU